AUGAAUUUUUCGAUUUUUAUUUUUCUCUCAGCUUCGGCUUUUUCUAUUUCUUCUUCCUCGAGUUUUUUGAUUUCUUGUGUCAGGUCAUGCGCCAAUUUAUAUUGUUCUUGCUUAUAACGAUGAUCCCCCUCAAUCUUCAUGUCUAUUGCAACAAAAAUGCAAUUUUUUAAUAUAAGAUUUUUGUAUAAAAAAAAUAAUAAUUUUCAUGUCUCUUGCAACAAAUUAUAUAUAAAAAAAUAAUAAUUUUCAUAUCUCUUGCAACAAAUUAUAUAUAUUAAAAUGGCGACACGUGUCAGCCUGCCCUCUUGGCGCAGCAUUCCAGACCUUAUGGCUAAUGCGAACUAGGACGGACCCCAAGCCGAGAAUCAGACGCAGGCUCAAGAAGUGUAUAUCCGGCAGGUUUUGGCUGCUUUCCUGUGGUUGGAAAUAGAUGCGCUCAACAACGUCCUUUUGAUCCGAAGACUCAUGGGUAUUCCUCUAACGAGAAACUGGGUUUUUUUGCCCAGGCCACAGGGGAACAGUCUUUUUCGUGUAGCUGUCGAAGGAAGGUACAUUGACACCCGAUAGACUCUAAGGAGCUGAUCCUUGGAAUCAAGCUACUCCAGUUGCCCGUAGCAGGGACGCAGAAAUCCAUAAGCCGCCCACUCAAGACUGAAGCCGCAAGGCAAGGAGGAGACAGAAGGUACCGGAAGGGCACUCGUAAGAGGAAUAACCCUCUGGGCUGGAAUCGAAAAGCGGUAGAACCUUCUACACGGGAGGUCUUUGGUGACUGUGCCACCAAUAUGGCUAGUGCCUGUCUGUAAUAAUCCUAAUCCUCUUGCAGCAAAUUUUAGAUUCGCAUCUUAAAUUUUUCUGUACUUUUAGCUAGAUAAGUUUAAUAAAAUGGCGAGCAAUGACAAUAGCCGUCCAAACCUCGAUGAGAAGGUCAUUGGCACGCCUACAGCAGCGCUGUUUUAUGGGGUUUUUGAGAAACUCACCUAGAGAGAAAAAUACAUUAAUUCUUUUUAUUAUUAUUAGAAUCUAUCUAUCGCUGCAUGAGCAGCAUUUCUCUCUUUUUCUCAAUUCUUUUUUAUAAAAAUUUUGUGUUGCAGUAGGCAUGAAAAUUUUUUCAAAAAAUUUUUGUUGCAAUAGGUAUGAAGAUUGAGGGGGGGGGGUCAUCGUUACUAUAUUUAAUUAGCUUAUCUUUUUUUAAAAAAAUUCUAUUAUUUAUUUUUAUUUAUUUCAAUAAGAAUAAUCGCGAUUUCUUUGGCUUUCAUUAAAUUCAAUUUUUUUGAGCACGGCUUAUGUAUUAUUUUUAUUUUUUCUUCUGCUUCUUUUUGCUUUUCUUCUAGCUCUGCGCUGUGCGUUUUUUCAAGCUCAAUUAAUUGAAGCUUGCAUUCUUGUUUGUACUUAUCGAAUUCUUCUUCCCACAAGCUAUUAAAUUCUUGAAAUUCCUCUAAAUGGCCAAAUUCUACCUGCUCGACUUCUUUUUUUUGCUUCUGCAGGAGUUCUUUUUCUCUUAAUUUUUGUUCCUGGAUCUUCAAUUUUUGGAUUUGCUCGACAGCUUUUUCAGCCUCCAAAAAAUUCCCAGCAGCUACACUUUGCUCUUUAUAA